AUGGCACAGCGUUCGAGCUGGCCUCUGCCGCUGGAUCUCGCUCCAGGAGCCACUGAUGAGACCCGCGAGACUUCGCCAGGCCACAGUGCCCAUCGACAGUUCGCUCAGCCAGCCCAUAACAGCUCACCCACGCUCCUGACAGACUGGUCGAUGCCACAGCAGCCUCAACAACUUCCGCACUAUCUCCAGGACAAUUCGUUAAUGGGGACGCAGUACAAUGCUUUUGGGGGCGCCUUCCAGACUUCACCCCUAGACUAUCACCUCCCCUCGACUCAGGCAGCGUUCGAAGCUGGGCUUCAGAUGGAGGCACCUUUCGGUGGACUUGCACAGAGCGUAGAUGCACAGGCUGCAAUGUGGGCCAACUGGCAGGAAAUUGAGAAUGCGAUGAACUUUACAGGGCCCCAUGAUGGCUUACCGAGUAUAUCUCGUCAAAGUCUUGGAAGCAACUCCCCUACGGGAACAUAUCUAGAGGUUUUAUCUCUUCCCAGUUCAAGUAGUGACAACGGAUGGGCCACCGUCGAUUCAUAUCCCAACUUUGAGUCCUAUCAACAGGCACAACAAAAUGCCGCGAUCUUCAAUCCCGGACAGACCCUACACCUACGAACUCAUUCGGACUCCUCUCAAUCAGAUGGGGCUGGACAUAUCAUAGACUCUUUCGGCAGCUUCGAAGAUAUCUCUCCCAACUCGUAUUCCCCCUAUUCCCCUGGCUCAGAUACCUUCUUGGACCUCUCCGGACAACAUCGAAAUUGCUACCACGGCGAAUCCCAUCACCAUUCCCACUCCCAUUCUCAGGAGAUCGUUAGUCCGGCUGCCGCCGUUGCUCCUGUCCCAAUCAAGAUGUCCCCUUCAAGUCGCACCGCCCCCUCCACAACCUCGCCCCCUCCUGCCAGAAGGAAUUCCGCACCCCGAAAAAGCCCGACUGCGAAGGCAACGAAACCGGUGAUUCGCCGCACCUCAAAUGGCAAGAAGGAUACAGAGAAGCGUGUUGGUCGACGACGUGGACCAUUAUUACCAGAGCAACGGAAGCAAGCGAGUGAAAUCAGAAAGCUCCGAGCAUGCUUAAGAUGCAAGUUCCUCAAGAAGACUUGUGACAAAGGCGAGCCAUGUGCCGGUUGCCAACCAUCCCAUGCCAGGCUUUGGCAAGUUCCAUGUACUCGCAUUGACAUCAGAGACAUUGGCUACUUCUUGAAAGACUGGAAAGCGGACUAUGAUCGUCAUACUGGCCGUGGAAUCUCCGUUUACAACAUCAAGGGCUUUGCUCAAAAGGAAGAGUUGCUUUGGAUCACACACGGCUAUGGCUUCGCCAUCCCUAUUAUGGCCCGUGAGGUAUACGUUACCGACGAGAGUUGCUUCUCUGUCGAUUGGGUUGAAGGUGGCCAUGAAGAACCUCUUGAAUUCUGUUAUCGCACGGAGAGGAUGUCAGCUGGUUCCGAAGGAGUCUCCACCGAAGCUCUAUCGGAAUAUCUCGAUAAGCAUCUCGACGGCCCGUUCGAGGAGUUCAUCGACAACCACUUCGAGGGUACACCUUUUAUCACUGAGAUCCUCAAGACCGCCCAUCGUUAUCAUGUCAAGGAAAAAGUCCCUGUCAUUCGCAAGGCAUUGAAGCUUGUUCUUGCAUACAACCUGACCAUGCAUGUCACAAUGGUCGAACAGCCUGGUGAUGAGCAGCCAAUGGAAGGUACAAUCGACGAUGAAGAGUCGAAAUUAUGCGGCAAGACCCUUGCACCAGUGAUGAUCAACUUCCAGAUCAAAUGUGCCUUGGCCGAUAUGUGGCGGGAGCUUCAGAAGGAGAUCCUUGAAGAAUUGUCGUCGCUGUACUCGAGCGUGUAUAGCGGCGAUAGGCUCAAGAACUGGCCCACCAUAUUCAUGAUCGCCUCCAUCCUUCUCGCCGUCUGGGAAGAGAUGCAAUUCGAUUGCCACUACAGAGUCCCCGACGCUGCUGCUGUCAACAAGUUCUGCAAUGACAUGGAGACAACCCCCGUCGGUGUCAUUGUUGGUCUCUUCCACGCCAUCUCCCAAAAGCUCCCUGCCUUCACGGAAUGGGAGACGAGAAGACACGGUCAGCUCCUCAACAACAAUGUUGCCGUCUGUGAGGCUAUGACCGAAAUGAGGGAACAUGUCACAAAGCAUGAAUCGUAUCUCAAGACCCGUCCCGAUGCGCAGUUCGACCGUAAUGACUUCGACUCCCUAUCAAACAAGUUCCUAUCGAAACUCGUCAUCCGCGCCAACUGA